UCUCAAACACAGGGCUCAACUUACAUAUCUCUCAAACACAGGGCUCAACUUACAUAUCUCUCAAACACAGGGCUCAACUUACAUAUCUCUCAAACACAGGGCUCAACUUACAUAUCUCUCAAACACAGGGCUCAACUACAUAUCUCUCAAACACAGGGCUCAACUUAGAUAUCUCUCAAACACAGGGCUCAACUUACAGAUCUCUCAAACACAGGGCUCAAAUCACAGAUCUCUCAAACACAGGGCUCAAAUCACAGAUCUCUCAAACACAGGGCUCGGCUCAAAGGUCUCUCAAACACAGGGCUCAACUCACAGGUCUCCUCUCAAACACAGGGCUCAACUCACAGGUCUCCUCUCAAACACAGGGCUCAACUCACAGGUCUCCUCUCAAACACAGGACUCAACUCACAGGUCUCCUCUCAAACACAGUGCUCAACUCACAGGUCUCCUCUCAAACACAGGGCUCAACUCACAGGUCUCUUCUCAAACACAGGACUCAACUCACAGGUCUCCUCUCAAACACAGGGCUCAACUCACAGGUCUCUUCUCAAACACAGGACUCAACUCACAGGUCUCCUCUCAAACACAGGGCUCAACUCACAGGUUUCCUAUCAAACACAGGGCUCAACUCACAGAUCUCUCAAGCACAUAUCUCUCAAACACAGGGCUAAAUUCACAGAUCUCUCAAACACAGGGGUAAACUCACAGAUCUCUCAAACACAGGGCUCAACUCAGGAUACCAGUCCGAGGAAAUAAGUUCAUAGUUUAGGUAAUGUUUUGUUCUGUUAAUCAGUGAUAAUGGUAUACCUGGAAAAAAAGCACAUACUGUAAGGGCAAAAUCAUUUCAACCCUCAAGGUAAAAUCCUAUAAAUCUAGAUGAUGGUAGCCUAAAUCUACUCUGAUGCAAUCAACUGUGGUAAUGUCUUACAGUAAUAGGUCUAACAGGUCACACUACGUCUGUUAUAUCAGGUUCACCUCACAGCGUUACAGUACUGAGUACUCCCUGUAUUACUCAGAAACUCACUCAUGAAUAAUUAGAAUAGAGAGUCCCUUUGGAAUGGACUUUAGACUGAGUGGUCCCUGUUCCUUCAGACGGAGUGGUCCCUGUUCCUUCAGACGGAGUAGUCCCUGUUCCUUCGGACGGAGUGGUCCCUGUUCCUUCGGACGGAGUGGUCCCUGUUCCUUCGGACGGAGUGGUCCCUGUUCCUUCGGACGGAGUGGUCCCUGUUCCUUCGGACGGAGUAGUCCCUGUUCCUUCGGACGGAGUGGUCCCUGUUCCUUUGGACGGAGUGGUCCCUGUUCCUUCGGACGGAGCGGUCCCUGUUCCUUCGGACGGAGCGGUCCCUGUUCCUUUAGACGGAGUGGUCCCUGUUCCUUUAGACGGAGUGGUCCCUGUUCCUUUAGACGGAGUGCUCCCUGUUCCUUUAGACGGAGUGGUCCCUGUUCCUUCGGACGGAGCGGUCCCUGUUCCUUCGGACGGAGCGGUCCCUGUUCCUUCGGACGGAGCGGUCCCUGUUCCUUCAGACUGAGUCGUCCCUGUUUUGUGUGGGGUCUUAUUAAAGGAGUACAGCCAGCCCCUAGCCCUGAUAUGGCUAGCUUAGGAUGUCAUAGACAGCUACACUCUUAGGGGGAAAAAAAGGUUCCAAAAGUUUUAUUUGGCUGUCCCCAUAGAAGAACCAAUCAGCAGCAGUGGGGUGGCUUAAUAACUGGGACUUUAGAGCUGACCUAUCCCCUCAGUGUUAGUUCACGGUGUUCUCUGCAAGAGGUAGGAGGGGGCAGGCAGCAAGAGCCUCAACACUUUACCUCCCACUAUCCACCCUGCUCAACGGCUGACAUGACCAGCACUCAGUAGAUAUGAGGACAACAGCAGCAUCCUGAGCUGACAAAGAAACACUUCAUGGAAGGAACAAGAGGCUGGCCCUCUGAUCAGCAGUACUUCCUUAAGAUGCACCUCCCCAGGAUCAAGAAGAGAACCCAGUCACCCCACAGAGAGACCGUUUCCCCUGUCCUCUCAUACUACUCAGAGCCAGCCUACCUGCAGCACCGUAAGGAUGUGACUAGAGAUCUGGCCCCGCUGCCUGGUGGAACGAGAAGAGGAGCGCUGGAGGAGGAAGACCAGGAAGAGACGCUGAGCCUACGGAGCAUGCCCAGUAUGAGAAGCACCCUGAGUCACGCCUCAAAGGUGAAAAGGUCACGGGGGUUCCCGAAGAGACACACCAUCCCCGAGCUCAGACUGCCCCCUGUUACUAAGAUUCAUCCUGACCCCAGAGCCAGUCUGGAAUUGAGGGGAACUGGCUACCUGGGAUGUUCCAGACUUCCACCCAUCAUCAAAUCUACCAGAACCCAUGAGCCUCUGCACCAGGAGAGACCCCCAGGUCCAGCUGGGUACAGGCCUGAGAAGAAGGGAGAUGUCACCCCUGGACUUCCAGAGAAGGAGGCUGUUGGUCUGAAGAAGCAGGGAGACAUUCCCCCUGGACUUCCAGAGAAGGAGGCUGUUGGUCUGAAGAAGCAGGGAGAUGUCACCCCUGGACUUCCAGAGAAGGAGGCUGUUGGUCUGAAGAAGCAGGGAGACAUUCCCCCUGGACUUCCAGAGAAGAAGGCUGUUGGUCUGAAGAAGCAGGGAGACAUUCCCCCUGGACUUCCAGAGAAGGAGGCUGUUGGUCUGACGAAGCAGGGAGACAUUCCCCCUGGACUUCCAGAGAAGGAGGCUGUUGGUCUGAAGAAGAGUUUUAAUAAUGAGGACCUCCUCGAAGUACCUGUUGUGACCAUGUCCAAGGUCAUUUCUGAUCAACCUCCACCCAAGACCCAACGCAUCACGUUCCACAGCCCCGUGCUGCAGGCCGUGUACCCUAUCACCCCUAACAAUGAAACACAAACCAGGAAGGCAGAGGAAGAUAGAAAACCCCUGUAUCCCAGAGUCCUCUCUUCUACAUCCACCUGCGCUGUAUCUAACACCAUCGGUCCUGAGAAAGUAUACAGAUUCCAGCCACAUCUUCUGAGAGAUAACCCCCCUCCAUACUCCUCUGAGUGGACCGAUCCAAAGGCUUUAACCCAAGGAAGGACUGAGUGGACUGAACCAAGGGCUCCAACCCAGGGGAGGAGAGAGAUGCUGUUGAUCAGACUGAGCAUCACAUGGUCCAAAGCCGAGAACAGCAGCAACCUGAGACAGCCACAGUCCCAGUCUCAGCUCCAGCGUUGCCCCAUCCGUCCUCUGAAACCAGCCCUGAGAAGACUGCCCAUUUCCAACACAAGGAGGCUGAGGGACUGGGGGAGACGGGGGACGACGUUGGGGUGUCUGUGGGAGGAGGAGGAGGGGUGUGUCCCACCCCCGGUCCCAGUCCAGCCUGGGUUACUGGAACCCUUUACAGGGUUCAAAGAGCACCUCUGUCGCCAGCUUCUCCACUCCCCCACCCCCCUGGCCCAGCUUCUGGAGAAGGCCUCCGAGGUAGACCAUAUAGACAGACAGGCAGACAGACAGGCAGACAGACCAGUAGAUAGACAGAUAAUGUCCCAGGUUCCUCAGGUGCAUACCCUCCAGACCCCCUGCAGUACUCUACCAGCCCAUACCGUGCAGCUGUCUGGAUCUCAGGGUCCAGGAGGGGCUCUGCCCAGAAUCACCAUGACCAGACCAACUCCUUCCCCCAAACUCCCCCUCCUUCAGUCACACAAUAAGAACAGGCAUGCAGCAUAGAUAGAUAGAUAGAUAGAUAGAUAGAUAGAUAGAUAGAUAGAUAGAUAGAUAGAUAGAUAGAUAGAUAGAUAGAUAGAUAGAUAGAUAGAUAGAUAGAUAGAUAGAUAGAUAGAUAGUCUAUUUUACAUGGAACUGUCAACCUACAGUGGUGUUCUAACUCGAAACCAUCAAUCUACAGGCCUGUUCUAACAUGGAACCGUCACUCUACAGGCCUGUUCUACCAUGGAACCGUCACGCUACAGGCCUGUUCUACCAUGGAACCGUCACUCUACAGGCCUGUUCUACCAUGGAACCGUCACUCUACAGGCCUGUUCUUACAUGGAACCGUCACUCUACAGGCCUGUUCUACCAUGGAACCGUCACUCUACAGGCCUGUUCUAUCAUGGAACCGUCACUCUACAGGCCUGUUCUACCAUGGAACCUUCACUUUACAGGCCUGUUCUACCAUGGAACCGUCACUCUACAGGCCUGUUCUACCAAUUAACCGUCACUCUACAGGCCUGUUCUACCAUGGAACCAUCACUCUACAGGCCUGUUCUACCAUGGAACCGUCACUCUACAGGCCUGUUCUACCAUGGAACCUUCAAUCUACAGGCCUGUUCUACCAUGGAACCGUCACUCUACAGGCCUGUUCUACCAUGGAACCGUCACUCUACAGGCCUGUUCUACCAUGGAACCUUCAAUCUUUAGGGGCGCCGAGACACAGCCCUGGGGGACUCUGCCUUCAGCACUGCUAAUAAGGAGGAUAAUUGUUUUAGCUAUACAGGAUUGCUACGGCCUGGUCUGCUGAGACGAGCACAAUCCCAACGUCAAUGACUAUAGAUCAGGCCUUGACUGAGUCCCUAUUUCGUAUAGAGUUGCACUACUUCUGACCAGAGCCCUAUGGGCCCUGUAUAAGGAUAGUGUACUAUUUAGGAGGCAUGCCUCGUCUCUGUGGUGUCUGGACUGACCAUGCUGUGUGUUGUAGUGGUGUGAGAGAGAGUUGUUUGUUAGCUGUGACAAGACUGAAAACUCUGUCAAAUAUAUGUCCUGUGUAGUUAGCUGCUACAUUCUGUUCUCUAUGUGUUGUGUAGUUAGCUGCUACAUUCUGUUCUCUAUGUGUUGUGUAGUUAGCUGCUACAUUGUGUUCUCUAUGUCCUGUGUAGUUAGCUGCUACAUUCUGUUCUCUAUGUCCUGUG